AUGCACGUGCAGAACGGGUUCGCGGCGGUGCUCUCGCCGAAGCAGGUCCGAAGUCUGCAGAGCCACCCGGACGUGGCGGCCGUCACGCAGAGCGUGCGCCUGUCGCCCUCCACCACGCACUCCCCGCAGUUCCUGCGCCUUCCGCAGUCGCUCUGGGCCACCGCGGGCGGGGAGACGUCGGCGGGGGAGGACGUGGUGGUAGGCGUGGUUGACACGGGGAUUUGGCCCGAGCACGCGUCGUUCGCCAACACGGUCGCAAACCCGUACGGCGAUCCUCCGAAAACGUUCACGGGCAGGUGCGAGGCGACGCCCGACUUCCCGCGGGAGAAGUGCAACGGGAAGCUGGUGGGUGCGCGCUUCUUCAACGGCGGCUUCUACAAGCAAACCAAGGGCGACCUUGACACCAGCAAGGAUUACUGGUCUGCGCGCGAUUCCAGCGGCCAUGGCACGUGGUGCGCAAGUGCGGCGGCGGGCAACAACGGGGUCCUCCUAGACGGCGACUUCACGAUAAGCGGCAUGGCGCCGCGAGCGCGCCUGGCAGCGUACAAGGUCUUCUGGCAGAACCACGACGGCGACAUGUGGGCCAACUCCGCGGACCUCAAUGCGGCCAUUGAUUCCGCCGUGAUGGACGGUGUGGAUGUGAUCAGCCUGUCCCUCGGGGGCGUGGAUCCCACCGGCACGUAUUUUGACGACAUGGCAACUCUCAACGCGCACGCUGCUGGCGUGGUGGUGGUGUAUGCAGCGGGCAAUGCGGGCAAUGUUCACCCGGCCAAGGGGGAGUACCGCCUGAUUGACAACUUCGCACCGUGGUACCUCUCUGUGGGAGCCAGCACCAUAAGCAUAUACACAGACAUGCUAGCCAAUGCGAUUUUCCCAUCCUACCACAUUGUCUUCAUCCUCAUCUCCCCUCUGUUCAUUUCUUUUCCACCAUAUUCCCGCUCCUCAACCCCACAAAUCUUAUGCAAUCCUCUCCCCUGCUCCCUUGUCCCCACCACUCUUCCCCUCUCCCUUUCUUCUCCCCUCCUCCCCUUCUCCCUCGUCCCCUUCCCUCUCCCUCCCUUUCCUCUAUCCUCCCUUUCCUCUAUCCUCCCUUUCCUCUCCCCUCCUCUCAGCUUCUCUGAAUCAUCCAACAAUCCCAACGAGGCGCCUAUUGUCGCGUUUUUCUCCUCCACCGGCCCUCUAGUCGCCCCAGCCGCUAUCCCCGCUUCCGGACGGCCCACUAACGACAUCCUUAAACCCGACAUCAUCGCUCCUGGCUUCCAGCUAUGGGGCGCCGCGCCCAGUCCCAAACUCACCGACUCUGACAACUAUUUUAAGAGGCUCUCCGGGACGUCCAUGGCUACACCGCAUGUGGCGGGAAUCGUGGCGCUUAUCAUCCAGGAAAGGCCCACGUGGACUCCGGCGCAGAUCAUGUCGGCGAUUAUGACCACGGCGAGCGUGCGAAACAACAAGAAGAAGCCGAUUCGGAUCACGGUGGAAGGACGAGGCGAGCGCGUUGCGAACCCGUGGGAGAUCGGCGCGGGACAUGUGAACCCUACGAGUGUUCUUGAUCCUGGCUUGACAUACGACUCGAACCAGACGGAAUACAGAAACUUUCUCGCGGAGCAAACGGUAACCUACACGGUUACAUUUACAGUUAAGAAGAAAAAUCCUAACUUUGUUUAUGGUAGCCUCACAUGGGCAGACGAUAAGGGUCACGUGGUGCGGUCUCCUAUAGCUAUUCAGCCCAUCAAGUAA